ACACACACACACACACACACACAAACACAAAGGCUAAAAAGAAAGCAUUUCUCUCUCAGCCUUGACUACAUUUUAUGGUGCAGUAGGAAAACAACCUUUAAGUGUUGAGUAAAGGACUCUGUGUGUUUGUUCAUGCUUUACUAAUAUUCAAAGAUGGAGACUCUGGAUCUGGACACACCUGGAAAAACACGUAAACUCCAAGUAAAGAGAUCAGAAUCACCAGCACCUAGAUGUAUCUCCAUGAAGAGUGAUCAGUCUCUGAUUAUUCCUUUGGAUUUUAAAGCUGAUGACUCCUCACUUCCACACAGUUUCAUUAGUGUUCUACAGAAGGAAGGAGAAAGAAUAGAAAAGAACAUCAUCACAGAUACAGGGCACGAACCAGAAUCUACUGUUGUAAAUGAAUUCCAGAAAAAGUUCAAAUUAAAUCUGAUGAAGAAGUUUCAGUGUUUGCAUGGAGUGAUAAACACUGGAAACCAAACCCUCCUGAGUGAGAUCUACACAGAGCUCUACAUCACAGAGGGAGACAGUGGAGAAGUCAAUAAUGAACAUGAGGUGAGGCAGAUCGAGGCAGCAUCCAGGAGAACAACAACAGAGGAAACACCAAUCAAAUGCAACAACAUCUUUAAUCCUUUAUCUGAACAAGAUGAACCCAUCAGAACUGUUCUGACAAAGGGAGUCGCUGGCAUCGGAAAAACAGUCUCUGUGCAGAAGUUCAUUCUGGACUGGGCUGAAGGGAAAGAAAAUCAGGAGAUCCACCUCAUAUUUCCACUUCCUUUCAGAGAGCUGAAUUUGAUGAAGGACCAGAAACUGAGUCUAAUGGAGCUCCUUCAUUUCUGUUUUAAAGAAACAAAAGAAACUGAAAUGUCCAGUUUGGAAAAGGUUCUGUUCAUUUUUGACGGAUUGGAUGAGUGUCGUUUUCCUCUAGAUUUCCAGAACACAGUGAGAGUGUGUGAUGUAACUGAAUCAGCAUCAGUGCUGGUGCUGCUGAUAAACCUGAUUAAAGGGAAUCUGCUUCCCUCUGCUCUCAUCUGGAUCACCUCCCGACCAGCAGCAGCUGAUCAAAUCCCCUCUGAGUGUGUGCAUCGAGUCACAGAGGUACGAGGGUUCAAUGACCCACAGAAGGAGGAGUUCUUCAGGAAGAGGAUCAGUGAUCAGAGCCUGGCCAAUAACAUCAUCACACACCUGAAGUCAUUAAGAAGCCUCUACAUCAUGUGCCACAUCCCAGUCUUCUGCUGGAUUUCAGCCACUGUUCUAGAGAGAAUGUUGGGUGAAGCAGAGAGUGGAGAGAUCCCCAAGACUCUGACUCAAAUGUACACACACUUCCUCAUCAUUCAGACAAACAUCAUAAGAGAAAAAUACUCAAAGAAGCUGGAUAGUUAUGAAGAAAUGCUUCUUAAACUGGGACAACUGGCUUUUCAGCAGCUGAAGAAAGGGAACCUGAUCUUCUAUGAGGAAGACCUGAGAGAGUGUGGCAUUGAUGUGAGAGAAGCAGCAGUGUACUCAGGUGUGUGUACACAGAUCUUCAGAGAGGAGUUUGGGCUUCACCAGAGUAAAGUGUACUGCUUUGUUCAUCUGAGCAUUCAGGAGCUCCUUGCAGCUCUGUAUGUGAACCUGACCUUCAUGAUGGAAAAUAGAAACGUUCUUAAACAGAAUCAGGUCUCUGAACAAGAGAUAAAAGAAAAUACAAUCUCAGAUCUACACAAGAGUGCUGUAGAUCAGGUUUUAGAAAAUCAGACUGGACAACUGGAUCUUUUUCUACGCUUUCUUCUGGGUUUCUCACUGGAGUCCAAUCAGAAAAUUUUACAUGUUUUAGUAACACAGACAGGAUGUAGCUCCACAAGCACAGAGGAAACAGUUCAGUACAUAAAGAUGAAGAUCAGUGAAGAUCUUCCUACAGAGAAAUCCAUCAAUCUGUUCCACUGUCUGAAUGAACUGGGUGAUAAUUCUCUAGUGGAGGAAAUCCAGCACUACCUGAAAUCUGGAAAACAAAGUGAACUCUCUUCUUCACAGUGGUCUGCUCUGGUGUUUGUGUUACUGACCUCAGCACAGGAGCUGGAAGAGUUUGACCUGAGCAAGUAUACCAGUACAGAGAAGAUAACAGAAGCUGUUUUUCUGAAGAUGAUGCCUGUGAUCGCAGCCUCCAGAAAAGCAAUUAUCAGGUGUGAGUUACUUGGAGUGAGUAGCUGGUCAGCUCUGGCCUCAGUGCUCAGCUCAGAAACCUCCAAUCUUAGAGAACUGCAUCUGACUGUGAAAACACUGGAUCUGACUAGGACUGAUAUAGAAGAAUCGGGAGUGAAGUGUCUCUCUGCUGUACUGCAGAAUCCUCACUGUAAACUGGAGACAUUGAGGUUGUGUAAUUGCGGUGUCUCAGUUGAAGGCUGUGCUGCUCUGACUUCAGCUCUGAGAUCAAACCCCUCACACCUCAGAGGACUGAAUCUGUCCUAUUAUAUACUAGGAGACUCAGGAGUGAAGAGUCUCUCUGCUGUACUGGAGAUUCCUCACUGUAAACUGGAGACACUGUGGUUGUGGGAUUGUGGUGUCUCAGAUGAAGGCUGUGCUGCUCUGACUUCAGCUCUGAGAUCAAACCCCUCACACCUGAGAGAACUGGAUCUGUCUUUUAAUAAUGUAGGAGACUCAGGAGUGAAGUCUCUCUCUGCUGUACUGGAGAAUCCUCACUGUAAACUGGAGACACUGUGGUUGUGUGAUUGUGGAGUCACAGAUGAAGGCUGUGCUGCUCUGACUUCAGCUCUGAGAUCAAACCCCUCACACCUGAGAGACCUGGAUCUGUCUAAUAAUAAAAUAGGAGACUCUGGGAAGAAUCUGCUCUCUGCUCUUACCGAUGAUGAACAUUACAGACUACAGACUCUGAGUAUGUGGUGAACACGUGCAUGUGAUGAAGACUCUGGCGUUCCUGCAUUUCCAUGUUGGGGAAUAGAGAACAUAUAAACAUCACUCAUUUAGUUAUAACGCAUUAUCCAGACUCCGAGAAGUGAGAAGUAUGGGUUUAUUGUGCACUGUGAAUCAGGACAGCUACGGUUUCAAGACACUGGUGGUACUCUCAUCUGAGGAGUUUAUCUGAGGAAUUUAUCUGAGGAAGCCCAUAGGAGAUUCACCACAAGUCACAUUAAACACUUUGUCUUUUGGUUAAUUAAUGCACCAGUGCUGUUAUACUAAAUAUCUGUAUCUCUUGAAACACAAACAGUUUAAUCAUUUAGAUCUAAAUGUUAUGUAGUAAUGUAGUUUUGUCGGUGGGUGUGAUUUUAUUGUGUUUAUGUAAUUAAUAUUUGUUUAGUUUUAAUAUAUUUACACAUACAUAGUUACAGGUAUCAAAUAUAUUUUGAAGAAAUCAGAUACCAUGCUAUUAUUUCUGUUAAAAUUAAUAUUGUCUAACAGUUCUUCAAAUAUAUGUUUAUGUCUAACAAUAUAAUAUAUUGUCAUAGAAGACAUUUUUAAAGAGAAAAGCCCUUUUUGUAAUUCAAAAAUAAACCUCAUAACCUCACAGAGUUAAAACAUCCAUCCAUCCAUCGUUUAUACCCGCUUUAUUCCUAAUUAGGGUAACAGGGAUCUGCUGGGGCCUAUUCCAGCUCACACUGGGUGAAAGGCAGGGGUACACCCUGGACUGGUUGCCAGUCCAUCACAGGGCCACAAAUAUAGACAGACAACCACACACACUCACGGACUCACUUCUAUGGGCAAUUUAGAAUUACCAAUCAACCUAAUGUACAUGUUUUUGGACUGUGGGAGGAAACCGGAGUACCCGGAGUAAACCCACGCAGGCACGGGGAGAACAUAGACUUCACACAGAAAGGCCCCUGCCUGUUCGAACCCAGGACCAAGGAAACAGUGCUAACCACUAAGCCACCGUGCUGCCCAGAGUUAAAACAACUAAAUGCUAAUGUAUAUGAGAAAAAACACCAUCUUUCUGUUGUGCAUCAAUCAUUUUACAUGCUUGCCCCUUUCAUCUGAUUUUGAACGUCAGUAGCAGAAUCUUUUUCAUGGUGUAGACAGGUUUUGACUGAUUGA